AGAGUGACACAGCUGCCUUACAGUGGCAAACUCAAGAAACCUGUGGAGUAUUCUUUACAGCUGACAAGAAGCGCUUUCUCAUCCAACUGAAGUACCAGAUAAUGACAGGAGUCAAAAUGCAAUUGAUCUUCCAGUCCUUCCUCUCUUGCUGUCUGCUGGCGACAGUAGUACACUGUGUGGAACUUGAAGUGAAUCCAGAGUUGAAAAAAAAGUUAAGCACAUGGCUUGGAAGCAGAUUGAGACGGGAUCUUAACAGUGUAUCAGUGGAGAAGACAGCGGAGUACUUUGUCAGACCAGAGGAUAUCAGGGAUACUUUGCUGCCACAUUCCAGCACUCACACCAAUGUCCGAACCAAGAGGUCUAAGAACUCAUCCAACCAUUCAAAAGGACAAGGUUGUUCUCUGGUCACCUGCACCGUGCACGACCUCGCACAUCGCCUGCACAUGCUCAACAACAAGUCGAAGAUUGGGACUGCCCCUCGUCAGAAGAUCAGCGCGCACGGAUAUGGACGGAGGCGUCGCUCUCUUCCAGUGCGCAGAGUCUCACUCCGGCUGGAGCAGGGCAGGCUGAGGCCCAUGUGGAGCAUAAAGGACUCACAAGUUCACAAGCUCGAGGCUCUCCUCAGACGGACAUGAGCCGGACUUUGCAAGAGGAGUUGGGAACAAAACCAAGGGAGAUAGUGCCCUCUCUCUGUUCUAAAAUUCUCCAAAUGCCUUAAUAUGUCUGCCAAAUAUUUCCAGGCACUUACUUUUAAGGCAUGAGAACUGAGUCAGAGCAAGACUGGCUGCACUGAGCUUCUCUAAAGGCUAAGCCUUGCAGCUCUGCGAUGUGGAGCGUGCAAACAGCUGCAGCUGGCGAACAGACACUGGAUGGCACAGCGUGGAGCUAACUACAGGUGCUGCUUUCUGCUUGGCAGAGGGAACUGAAGAGUGCCAAUAGCUGGCAAAGUGGACGCAUCCUCUGGCUUAAGAGGGAUCCCUCUUCUUUCAUUCUGGGACUUUACACAUUUCUUCCUCAAGGCCAGAACUCUGAUAAGUGCUAUCCUCUAAGGAUUAUACCAUGUUCCAAACUGUCAGUACUUGUCUGCACUUUUCCAUUUGGACUU